UUCCUAUCUCCUCCCUUUCUCUGAUACCGCUGGUACUUGGACUUGGUGGUCACUAGUUACCACAGUCACAAACCCCGCCCAUUUCUACAAUUUUCUUCUUCAAAUUUGGAUUUUAACCUAACCUUAUCCAGACGGUUAACCGUAUGCCUAACAAUAACCCUUAAUUAAUACCCCAAGUCACAUUUUUUUUUUUUUUUUUAUAAAUAUUUUACUAUAUAGUUGAAACACUUGUUGGACUCCCGUUUGCAUUGCGUGUGUGCGUCACAUCUGUGCCACCCCAAAGUCAUUCCAGUUUUCUAGUGUAGCUAGCUAGCUAAGUCAUCUGGAUUGACAAGAAUCUAGAAUGUCAUAUAGAACAUUUGAGGACGUGAAGGAAGUCAUUCUAUCAGCCCACAAAAACACAGAGGCCGGGGAUAAAGUCGGCUUUUACAACACCUGGGCAGAGAACUAUGACCAGGACGUGGGUCUUCUGGACUAUCGAGCGCCGAGUCUGGCGGCAAACUGCCUGUCUCCCUGUUUCCAUGGCGACCGGGUGACAGCAGUGAUUCUGGAUGUGGCCUGUGGCACUGGAUUGGUCGCAGCACAGCUGAAAAGGAUGGGCUUCAGGCAUUUUGUGGGCGUUGAUGGGAGCAAAGGCAUGUUGGAACUGGCCAAUAAGACGGGCCUCUACCAGGACCUCAAGCAAUGCAUGCUGGGAGACGAACCACUUCCUGUCCAAGCUGCGCAGUUUGAAGUGGUAGUGAUUGUUGGGGCGCUAAGCGACGGCCAAGUGCCAGUGAGAGUCAUCAGAGAGUUGUGCCAGGCCACCAAACCAGGUGGUUACGUCUGCAUGACAACCAGAGGUAACCAUGACAACCUGGAGUACAAGGCAGCGCUGGAGCGUGAGCUGGAGCUGAUGGAGGGGGCGGGACUCUGGGGUCCCGUGGCGAUCACAGAGGUGGAGGAGUGGGAGAAAGCCGUAGCGGAGCCGGAGAAGGGGUACAUACCUGGAGUGGUGUAUGUUUACAGGAAGUCAUCACUGUGACAUUAUCACAAACACGUGUACUGUUUUUUUUUCUCCCAAAAUAAUUUCCAUAUAAAUCAUUUGUCCAUGUAAAUGGACAAUAAAGUAUAGUGUAUCGUAUCACAUUGACCUCAUCACAGUAACAGACCUGUAACAACCCUGUACAGUAACACCUGUACAGUAACACCCCAGUAAAGUAACACACCUGUACAGGCCAUAACAGUGACAUCACAGUAACACCACUGUGCAGUAACACACCUGUACAGGCCAUAACAGUGUCAUCACAGUAACACCACUGUGCAGUAACACACCUGUACAGGCCAUAACAGUGUCAUCACAGUAACACCACUGUGCAGUAACACACCUGUACAGGCCAUAACAGUGUCAUCACAGUAACACCACUGUGCAGUAAGACACUUGUACAGGCCAUAACAGUGACAUCACAGUAACACCACUGUGCAGUAAGACACUUGUACAGGCCAUAACAGUGACAUCGCAGUUACACACCUGUACAGUCUGUGACAGUGGCGCCCUCCAUUGGCAUUGAGCGGCCAUCUUUGAAGGCAGCUACUAUUCCAAAGAUAAAGAUGCCUAGAAAAUGCUUAUCCAAUAGAAAUCCCCUCAAUCACGCUUGUAGACAAUGUUAUGGCGACGUUAGCUAGUGAAUAUCAUCCACAGAAAAAUGAAAUCAGGUCUAACGGUCGUGUUGCUCCGAACUGCUCCAUUUUAGCUAGUGGCCAUUACAGAGUGUCUAUAUACCAAAUAUUGAAUGAAUCUGAGUUGCGGUUCAUGAGAAGAAGAAUUUUAAAGGAAUUUAGCAUUAGCUUUAUGCUAGCCCUUUUUUGUCAAACUUCAAAGACCCGUGUUGUCUUUGGAGAUAUCAACAACAAACUUAUUUAAUUAUGAUCAAUCAUGUACGAGUUGUAUUUGAUAGUUUGGCUGAUAGAACAAAAUAGCCUGGAUUUAUAGGCAUCAAAGUUUGUGAGAAGUUGUCGUCAGACAAGCCAGUUGUAGCUUCAGAAGUUGUAGUAGAGUCGUCGUCAGACAAGCCAGCUGUAGCUUCAGAAGUUGUAGUAGAGUCGUCGUCAGACAAGCCAGCUGUAGCUUCAGAAGUUGUAGUAGAGUCGUCGUCAGACAAGCCAGCUGUAGCUUCAGAAGUUGAAGUAGAGUCGUCGUCAGACAAGCCAGCUGUAGCUUCAGAAGUUGUAGUAGAGUCGUCGUCAGACAAGCCAGCUGUAGCUUCAGAAGUUGUAGUAGAGACGUCGUCAGACAAGCCAGCUGUAGCUUCAGAAGUUGCACAAGUAAAGUUGCAUGAGUAAUGCAGAGUAAUUCUGGAGGUGGACACGGUGACAUGUAGAUGCAAGUCAGACAAUUUUGUAUCCCCAAAAUGCAACAUACAUUGAAAGUUGGUGAUCAAUGGAAUUGGGUAAGAGCAUUUCCUUUGUAUCGUUGUUGAUAAUGUUUCUUGAACUAUUUGUAAUCGUAUACUGUCUAUAUGGUUUUUGUUUGUUUAUUUAUUUUUCAUAAGGUAGACAUUUAUGAGCCUUUAGCUGUUGUAAUCAUCAUGUAUGUCAAUUGUCUUUUUUGGUGUUUAAACUCAAUCAAAUCAUAAAAUCAAAUGUUUUUAUAAAGCCCUUUUUACAUCAGCUGAUGUCACAAAGUGCUUAUACAGAAACCCAGCCUAAAACCCCAAACAGCAAGCAAUGUAGAACGUGGUGGCUAGGAAAAACUCCCUAAAAAGGUAGGAACCUAGGAAGAAACCUAGAGAGGGACCAGGCUCUGAGGGGUGGCCAGUCCUCUUCUGGCUGUGCCGGGUGGAGAUUAUAACAGU